AGAAGAGAGCGAGAGAGUAACGUGUGAAUGGCCAGAUCUCGCCCGAAGCUCUGCGAUCUGCGACCCUCGAGCGCGCGCGCGAGCCCGCCAAAAUAACACUUUUUUUGCGGCGCCAGCUCCUUUUCUUUUCUCUCCCUUUUCUUUUUCUUAUCGUUUUCUUCGUCGACUGUGCUUCUGUGAUUGUAUGAAUCUUGAAUAAAAAAAAAAUUGUGCGAAAUUAUGAAGAGGAUCAGUGCCGAGGUUGCCGUCGACUUGUCGUGCUUUAUUGUACAGCCAGCAGUAGCAGCGUCGAGCUCCUUCGCAAGCGGUCGUUGUUGCUCGAGGUCCAGGUGAAAGUUUCCAGGUGCGUCGCAGCAGGCGUAACGCAACAAGACGGGUGGACGUAUACACACGAUGGGGAUUGGCCGGAUUUUCGUCGACUGCAGCAGUCGAGUCGCCGCCACCGACGCAGCUUAACGAUUGUCCUGCAAGCUCAGCUCGAUCGCCCCGCGCAUGCAUGGCCUACACGACAGAUACUGUUGAACAAUAUUUAGAUUAUACGUAGCCGCUCCGCAAGUCCGAUAUAUCAUAUAGCAUUUAUUUCGACGAUACACACAAGCGCAAGGGGUGCAAGAAUAUAGCAGUCAUGCGCUACAGGUGACUGGACGCACACACGCACUCAGCAGCAGCAGCAGAAGCAGAAUUUGCCCGCAGGCAUCAUGGAGUCAGAUUACAACACGACGGAGAGCAGUAUCGGCAGCAUCUUCAACGCCACAUCCGUCGCCAGCAUCAACAAUUCCUUCAUCGAAAAAUGGAAAUUGGAGAAGCAGCAGCAACUGCCUCAGCAGUUGGAGAAACUCUGCCGUUACGUCAUCGACAAGGCACUAAUGGACUGCAUCGAAAGGAGCCGCUCGUCGCCCAACACUUGGAGCAACGAAGUCGCCGCCAUCAACGACGACGAGGAUGAGCCUAUCUUUCCGGCCGACUUUCAGGUCGGCUUCAACGCGAGCAGCGCCGGCAACGUCACGACACUCCUGUCGACGUCGCUGUCGAACGCCAGCCAGAUUGGUGAGGAGUUUUUAACGCCGGUACUGCCGCCGUUCGAGCUGUGGCAGACGAUACUCAUAGCGCUGGCCUUAGGGAUUUGCAUAGUAUUGACCGUCGGCGGCAACAUCCUCGUCCUGCUGGCCUUCAUCGUUGACCGCACCAUCAGGCAGCCGAGUAAUUACUUCAUCGCCUCGCUGGCCGCCACCGAUAUGCUCAUCGGUAUGCUCUCGAUGCCGUUCUACACGGUGUACGUGCUGAAGGGCUACUGGGAUCUGGGGCCGCUGCUCUGCGACCUAUGGCUGUCGGUGGAUUACACGGUCUGCCUGGUCUCGCAGUACACAGUGCUGCUCAUCACCAUCGACCGCUUCUGCUCCGUCAAGAUCGCCGCCAAGUACCGUAGCUGGCGAACCAAGAAUCGCGUCAUCUACAUGGUCACCAUCACCUGGAUCAUACCGGCGCUGCUCUUCUUCAUCAGCAUCUUCGGCUGGGAGCACUUUGUCGGUUAUCGGGACCUGGCGCCCGGACAGUGCGCCGUGCAGUUCCUCAAGGAUCCGGUGUUCAACACGGCGCUGAUUAUCGGCUACUACUGGACGACCCUGAUAGUGCUGUUCGUGCUCUACGGUGGUAUCUACAAGACCGCCUACGACAUGCAGAAAAAGAGCGAGGCCAAGCAGCGUAAGAUGCAGUCGAUGGUGGCGCUCUCGGCCGGGGCCAUGUCGGGGAUGGCGGGUCGGGCGGCCGGCAUCGGCAUGUCCAAGACCCAGAGCACUCUGCUGAGCCAGGACAAGCCCAAGGUGCCGAGCAGCGGAGCCGGAGGAGGCACGACGGGCGCCACGAGUACGGGUCAAGAGUCGGCCGCCGCAACAGCGGCGGCAGCGGCACAGGCCGCGGUAUCCAAGGAGGCCAGCAGCAGCGCCGGCGACGUGAACGAGCGCAGCCGACUGAUCGAUCCGCACAAGAGUCCGGGCAAGAGCCUCGGCAAGAGUCAGCUGGAGCCUGGCUCCGGCGAGGCCGAGAAGUCCGAGCGCUCGAGCAGUCCGGCCUUCGACUCGGACGACGAGAGCAUAACGGCCCUGAAUCCUCCCCAGGCGAGCUCGCACCAGCAGGACCUCAACAGUCUGCGCAAGAGGUCGUCGAUAGCGGGUCUAAUGGUGCAAUCGGGGGCGAUGCACGCCUUCGCGCCGGGCGCGGCGCGUCUCAACGGCACUAUGAUGCCUAUCGGUGGCGGUGGUGGCAAAGCCGGCGGCGAGGGCAACGUCAAUUUGCCGAUAACCGCGCUGGUCGCCGCCUGCGGCACGGCCGCCAUCGGCCAUAAUAAGCGCAACAACGAGCCGCCGCCCGUGCCCCCCAGAGCCAGUCUCACGGCUGCCGCAGCCGCCGCUCAUGCCAACGCGGCGCACUCGACACUGCCAAAGAUCCAGGAGGCCCACAGUCAUCGCGUGGAUAGCAGCAAUCAGGAGAUUGAAAAGUCCAGCCGGGGGAGUAGCCUGACGUUGACGCCGGAGACGUCGGUGCGCUCGGCCGACGCGACCAAGAAAGAUCAGCAGACCCAGUCGCAAGCUCAGCCUCAAGCUCAGCAGCAGCAGCAACCUCAAGCUCAGCAGGGAGCCAAGGACUCGACGCCGUCGACGAGCUCGUGCAUCAUCCCACCGCCGUCGGAGUUCCGGGGCAGUCCGGCCCUGUCCGAGCAGAACACCUCGUCCACCACGUCGUCGCUGAUGAGCGUCGACAGCGCCCGACAUCAGCAGCAGCGCAGCGUCUACGUGACGGCCGAGGGUCAGCUGGCCACCUACGACAUAAUGCAGGGCAUGGACGGGGCCGAUCUGCGCUUCAUGGACGAGAGCUCGGUCAUCGUGCCGAGUCCCUCCUACGAGAGUCCACCGUCGUCCUUCUCCUGCAGCCUGGCGAAUCCUCUCUCGACGACGCCCUCUUCGCCGGUGCACGUCGCCGCGGGCCAUCAGGCGCCCAACCUCAACACGAGCUUGCUACAAGCCGCCUUGAUCAGAGCCACGGCUCAACAGGCCUCUGCUGGCGGUAUAACGACAGCAAAUGCGUCGAGCCAAACGCACCCGCCGCGAGUAUUCAUAACUCACCAGACGAACGUAGCGUCGCAGACGUCACCCAUCGUCGUGAGCAAGCUCAACACGGCGGUGAGCGUCCGGCCCGAGGACGCCCCGAAGAAGCAGCCGGUGACGAGCAUCGUGCCGGUCUCGGUGGGCCUCGAGUCAUCGGUCAGCAUGAGCGACCUGCAGCCGAGCCCGAGGACGCCCACGAGCGCAGUGGCGGCCACCUCGUCGUCGAGCGGCCUACUGCCGAGCACGUCGGCCACUACCGUCGUCGAGCCGCCAACUUCGGCCCAGACGGAAAAGCAGAGCCAGCGGCAAGACUCGAAGAAGCAGUCGAGCAAGUUCGAGGCGGAGUCGAGCGAUCGGUCGGACGGCGGGGGCGGUGGCGGCGGAUCUCGUCGCGACCUCGUCAAGGCGCUGGGCAAGAGGCUCAAGGUCACGACGCAGAAGAGCGAUCCGAGCCAGGGCCGGCAAAAGUCGCGCACCGAGAAUCGCGCCCGCAAGGCCUUCCGCACGAUAUCGUUCAUUCUCGGCUGCUUCGUGGCCUGCUGGACGCCCUACCACAUACUGGCCCUGGUCGAGGGCUUCUGCGCCAAUCCACCCUGCACGAACGAGCACCUCUUCAUGUUUUCGUACUUUCUUUGCUACGCCAACAGCCCGAUGAAUCCGUUUUGCUACGCUCUGGCCAAUCAGCAGUUCAAGAAGACGUUCACCCGAAUACUCAAGGGCGAUCUGCACCUCACUUGAACGACGACGACCUGGCGGCGCGGGCUAUUUUUAUCGAAGUAUACAAUUCAUACGUACAUGCGCGAAUACUCUUCGUCACCCGUGACAAUCUCCCUUUGUACUUUUUCACCUUCCAUUACGUAAUUAUAUUGUAAAAAAAACAAAAACAGAAUAGAUGAAAAUCAACUAUGGAUAUCGCGGUGAUAGCUGAAUGAUCAAACGGAUCUUAUCAUUUCUUCUUAGACCGUGUCGUUUUUCUUUUACAAACAGAGGAACGAGCUUUUUUAAACGAAUAUUUUGUACAAAAUAUCAAUGAAAGAAAAAAAAAACAACAAAAAAAAACGAAAAUAAUGGACGAAUUUCUUUCGGGAUAUUUAAAAUCGCAAGAUUCGCAAAUUAUAUAAAAAAAAUCACCGUGUCCUCGUACGUGGCUAAUAAGUUGAUGUUAAAGAUGUAUUCAUGUUGUUGAAAGCGUAUAUUAUGAAGAAAAAAAAGUUAUUGAAUUAUCGUCAAUGAAACAAACGUAAACAAACAAAAAAACUAUUCUCUAAUAAAAUCAAUACUGGUUGUAUUGCCAAAAGACGCGUCAAUUGAACUCCACGUGGCUUCAGAGUAAAAAUGAGCUCUCUCAUAAAUAAAAUAUCGGUAGAUUUGAAGCUGUGUAUAAAUUACUUUAUUUAUUCACCACUACUAUGUAAAUAAAUUGUGCUUUGUAAAGAAAAAUCGUCGGUAGAUGUUAAUACUCGGAGGUGGGGGGAUGCGAAAGAUCUCGUGUACAUUACACGUGGGUCAAGAAAUUGUAUAUACUUGUAUAUGUGUGAAUAUACGAUGAUCGAUUUCGCGCUUCGAAUUCGCAAGCGAGAUGAUUUAUAAAACAUUGAGCUCGUAUGAUAUCGUUAAAAGCAUUUCGUACAAUAAACGCGUGCGAGAGCAGAAAUACAGAGAGAGAGAAAGCCGUUGUGCGCACGGAGUCGCGAGUACGAAUCGAUGAAAAAUAUCGCGUAUAAUAUAUGGUUGAUUUUGUGCAUAAUAUUGUGUGCGUUAUGUGUCGUAUCGCGCGUUGAUGAUGUGCAGCAGUUGCCGCGGCUAAAAAUAUAUAAAAAUAUAAUAUACAUACGCGCAUAAGUCGCGAAGCAGCAGCAGCAGCAGCUCAUACCAUGCGACCUCAUGUUUAUGGUUUUAAAUGCGGCGUUCAGAGGCUUUAUAUUACCGUUAUAUAGACUAGAGACGCGUUUACUGUCACGGCGUUAAAUUCGCAUACCCAACGCAGGUGGCAGAGGCUGCGAUAUUGUUCGCGUUGAUUCAUAUUAAUAUAUAGUCUAUUAAGCGACGUGGAGCGGAGUAGCCGCGCCUCGCGACUAUUCACAUAUACGCGCAUUAUUUAAGUAUAAAACUUAGCAUGUAGGAGGCUCUAAAGCCCGUCGAAAGACAACAAAAGUGAAAUGGUUGAAUGUUGCGACAAACAAAAAUUCAAACUUCUCUCUGCCCAACUCGUUAAUUUAUAUAUGGGUGCAACGCGCAUCAUUAUACUUUGCUCGUCGGCCCGGGUUCCUCGUUUUAAUCUCGUUUUUCCGCACGUGGCAGAGCAAAAGUUUGGCGAAUGAGUGUGCCUGAAACACGAGUGUCGCGAGCCAGAAAAUUAUCUAAUGAGUUUCCCGCGUCUAGUAGGUACACGUGUGCGCAGUUGUUGCGAGAGACCGAGUGACUGAAUUUUAGAUCCGUAAGCGCGUACAUGAUUCUCAAUUACAAUUGAGCUUGACUUUGACAAUAUAUGAGCAGAUUUUCCGUGAUUCUUUCGGAACUUUUUGCGUGCCGUUUCCGUUUCUCGUGUGGCGUACGAAAAAUCCUUCGAUAUACGGUCCUUGUUUUGUUGAAAGAUAGAAAAAAAAACAAUAUUUGACAAACAUUUUUUUAGAAUAGCGGAAAAUAAACGUAACAAUAACAGUGGGAAAUAUGCGAUGUUUAGACUUAAUUAAUCAAUAGCCUUAGAAAAUUAAUGAACGCAUACAAUAUUUACGUACAAUAAAUUUCAAUGAAAUAUAGAGCUUUAAUGAAAAAAUAACAAAUUGUUUUUGGGUCCGAAAUAUCCCAAAAGUAAUACCGGUAAAUACAUUAACAAAUACACAUAACACACACACAUACCUUCAUUCGGUACAUUAUUAUAAAUAUACGUAUAAACGAUUAUUGUGCGCUGCUACGAGCGCAAGAUAAUUAAAUAUUGUGAACAUAUAGCUUAAAACAAUAAUGUGCGGCAUUGCCAUUGAACGUAAAUAGAUAGAAAAUUAUAACGUGAAAAAAUAUCAAUUAAAAAAACACAUCAGCCAAUAUGCCAUGUUGUACGAACUACAUUAAUAUAGUAAUAAAUAAUAUAUAUGCGACCAAUUUUUAAAUUACAUGCGAGGAAACUUUUUUAUUGCGACUUCGAGUGUACUGUUACGGUCAAAGCCAAAUCGACUCGUCGACUGCUCAAGCUCGACUGUUUUCGAGUUGUGCCAUUUACAAGUUUUAAUAAUAAUAUAAUUGCGUGCUGGGUAAUGACAAUUUUCGUAAUGAAACAAAAUAUAAUUUCUUUUCUUUGCAAUACGAAAGUUAAAAUUAUUCGUAGCUCGUAUCGUUCGCUAAGAAUAAAAAUUUAUGGCCUAAUUUUUGCUUCUUCGGUAUUUUGGCGGAUUUUAAGUUAAUGUUAUCAUAUGCGUUACUGUUUAUUCGUUUUUACUGAGACUCAAGUUAAGAUACAAUAAAACCUAUGUACUACAAGAAAAAUUUAUAGCUUACAUGAAUAUAAAACUGAAAAAACAUCUGUGAAAUUAAUGCGCGAGUGAUACAUACAAAAAUAUGUCAUUGUGAAGCCGUUUAUCAGACAAUCUUACAAAAAUACUUUGAACAAACUCAAACCUAUAAUUAAUGUAAAAAAAGA